AUGGCCAACGUUGUUCGGGCUGCAACCCCGGACCCGACGCUUCGCAAGAAGGCUGGUGGGACGGAAGCCAAGAAGAGUAUCAAGGCUCUGGCCGUGGAAAGCGGCCUCUCCAAGGACAUCGCCUCGCAAGCAUCUCCGUCGAAGGGCAAGUCUUUGUUGCAGGAAGAAGACUUCCCCGCGUUGGAUGCUGUCAAGGGGGCCGGUACGCGACCCGGGACGCCGUCAAAGCUUGCGAUUGCAACACCAAAGAUUGCCCCGGCGAGCAUCAAGAAACCGCAGCCCGAAGCUGCCGCAGCUGCUCCCCCGACUCCAGCGGCCGAGGCGCCCAAAACUGUCGAGAAGAAACCAGUGCCGGGUAUAUUGAACAUCGCCGCGGCAACCAAGGCAGCUCAGGCGAAGCAGCCAGGAACGUCUACUGCAGAGCACUCAGAUCCGUUGGCGUUCCCCGCCCUGCCGACUCCGACGACCGCCGGUGCCCCGUCUCCUGUAACGAGAGCUGCACCCAAGACUUUGCGUGUCGUCUCAACACCCAAAGCUGAAGCAGUGCCGGCUUUCCCUUCUGGCGCCGCCUUCUCCGCCGCCGCCAGAGCCGUGUCUACGGCUUCCGGCCGACCAGGAACGCCGGCCAGCGAGAUCAUCAGCGACAGUGCGUCCAUUGUAUCUGCAUCUGUUUCUGCAUCCCGAACGAGUUCGCCGCCGCCCACUAGGGUCGGGACAGCGCCCGUCCGCAAUACGACGAAGAGCCAGCAGCGCAAACAACGUAAGGAGGCCCACAAGGAACAGUCGGCCUCCAUUGCUGUCGCGCCGAAAGUAGCGGAACCCGAGGAGCAAGCCCCCAUCGUCGGCCGCAAGAAGAAGCAGAAGAAGGAGAAGCCGGUCACGACGCCGCCGGCAGUGCCUAAGAAGUCUGUCGAGCGCGCAGUGACACCGCCACCUCCGCCGAAAGAGCCCACUCCUCCUCCCAAGCCGAUCCUUGAGAGGACGGUUGUCGACCUGCCCCCUCCAAAGGGCAAGGCGGCCAAGAACGCUGCAAAGAUGACAAAGGCAGCCGAAGAGAAGGGCAAGAGCAAAGAGGUGCCGGAAGCACCUGUUCUCACACCUCCGGCGCCGACUGCCAUCGCUGCGCCCGAAGAGCCACAUGAUAUCGCAGACAACCCCAAGACCAUCCCCGAGGUGGUCUUUCAGGACCUCCUCGGUACUGGACAGGCGCCCCCGGUGGACGCCCUGACGCUGCUCAAGCCGCUUGCCGAACAGAACACUCGGCUCGACCGGGCGCACGCCGCUGCGGCGCACGGCAACAACCCGCCUCCGUCGACCACGACUAAGAACAUGGUAUCCGAGGCAGAUCACGCCAUUCUGGUGACUGGCCAGCCGGUACGCAAGGUCAUGGACGGCCACCGCGUGCUCAUCACACCCAACGGUGACUGCGUCCGCAAUCUCACCGAGGAGGAAGAGGACAAAUACCUGGAGCUUCAGAAGUGUGUUGCACUAGCCAGCGACCAGCCCGACACCUUCGUUGCGCCCCGUCACCAAGCCCGUCCUGGCGGCUUCUCUCUCAUCAAGGGCCGCGCAGUGCCCAACGGUCCUCCGUCGUACUUCCCGCCGUCGCCCAACGCGCAGAAAAUGUUCUCCGACGAUCCGGUCAAUAAGAUCCAGCGCGAGGAGGCAAUCAGCUACAUCAACCAAUUCGUCCUCCCGCGGCUCAAUCUUGGCAACACCAACCUGUUCCCGGGCAGCUGGAAGUCCGCACCUGGUGCCAAGGACGCCCUCUCUGCGCGCGAGACGGCCGCCGCCAGCCUCAACUCGCUGGCCCCGUAUAUCUAUGGCCACGACGCAGCUGCCGGAGCGGGCAUCUACUCGGCUGAGAGCGGUGGUUCGGGCAAGGAUAUUCCCGAGGACGAGACGCCCUUUGGUGGCCUGGACUCGCCGCAACACCAGGGUACCGAGGUUGUCGUCGCGAGCGCCUCUACCUCUGCCUCUGCCUCUGCCUCUGCUGCGGCAGCGGCCGCCGCCCAAGUUCACGCUCAUAACAGCAGCGUGCACCCCAAGCUUCCCGGCACGCCCCUCAACGCCAUGUCGCUGAUGAGUGUGGAGGACGCCGAGGCGGCGCUGGCACUGGCGCGCAAGGAGUCGGAGAAGCUCGAGAAGGGACUCAACCAGGCCAUCAAGCGGAAUAGGAGACUGCUUCUCGGCGGUAGAUGA